AUGUUUUACGCAAGCAUCUAUCGGGGUCGUGAAGAUGCCAGUGUUGUUCCUGAUACGUUCUCGGCAUUGCGUUUCGUUGUGCACAAGCCCGCCCUCGCCAGAGACAUACUCUUCGAGUCUGAGUGCCUGAGUAUGUCUACUGUUGCUGUCGGCUCCAACACGGAUGGUGACGGUGUCGAGGCCCAUCGUGCUAUGUUAUCAGCGAGAUCUAAGAAGAGACCAUACAACGAAGCCCCGACUGAACCCCCUCCUACCACCGGACCACCGCAGUGGCCAGCGCCGUCUCCAUGGAAUAAAGACAUGACCAGGGGAGCAUCGCCUCUCACCAAGCGUUCCAACCUGUCAGCUGUCCAGGAGCAAUCUCAUUCUAUUCCAUCACCUCUCACCAAGCGUGCCAGUCCGCCAGCAACUCAUGAACAGCCACCUCUCACUCCCACGCCUACUGCCGCCGAACGCUCUGCCUUGCCGCCCAAUCGAGACCAGCCAUCCCUCACUCCCACGCCUACCGCCGCCGAACGCUCUUUCCUGCCGCCCAUUCGAGACCAGGCCUCCCCCACUCCCACACCAAUACUGCCCCAUGUGUCAGAAAGAGAAGUCUUGCUGCGCAUGGCGCUCAAGGUGCACAAGGGAUACGCUAUCUCUACAGAAGACCUAGUGGCCUUUAUAAACGCGUACGCCCCCGAUUCUCAGCCGCGGGUGAGUACAGAUGAUAUUGACGCCCUCGACACCUUCACAUAUCCGCAACCAGUAAAGCGUAAGAGGAAAUCGAAGGCACACACCAACCAAUGGACGCAUAAGCACUCUGCCCGCCGCAUCACCCGUAUGCAAGAAGUGUAUCCGGCUAUCGACACCCUCUUAACAUUCGCCAACAUCGACAAUCCCUCCACAGAGUACAAAUGCGCAGGAUGCAACGUAGGUAUCUCAACAAAGAAUGGGCCAAACAAGGCUCGUCUGCACGCAUCGUCUAACCACGCAAACGUAUAG